AACGAAAGCAACCAAAAAAUUAAAAAAAAAACACCCCAUUUGUGAAGGCGCCCUUUCUCUCCUCCUUUUCCCUCGACACUCUCACUCCAUCGCCGAUACUCUCUCUCUCUCUCUCUUCAUCGAUCAGAGCUCUGCGUUGCGUCGCUCUCACGGACUUCUCUUCCUUUAUCGAUUUCCAUCAUUACCCCCAACACCCAGAAAGAAGUUCCAUCGAUUCAACCUUCUCCCGAUCCGCCAUCGCCAUUUUCAAGAAAGAGAUAGAGAAUCCGAAAAUUGGUGAAAUGGCGGAGGAUAAAGCCGUCGGAGGAGAAGGCGACAAGAAGGACGCUGCUGCGGCGGCUGCAGCGCCUGCGGUUGCGAAGAAGAAGCGCCAGGGAAUUUUGUCCAGAAUGUUCAGUGGGAUCUUCCGACUACACGGCGACGAUUUCGAGAAGCGGCUUCAGUACAUUUCGAAAGAGGAAGCCACUGUCCUCGCUAGAAUGCAGAGGCGGUCCAUUACUUGGAGGCGCAUGGCCAGAAAUCUCAUUCUCUUCUCCGUCUUCUUUGAGGUUAUUGCAAUUGCUUAUGCUAUAGUAACGACGAGAGCGACGGAUUUAGAUUGGAAGAUGAGGACAUUUCGUAUUCUGCCCAUGUUUCUUUUGCCUGCUAUAUCUUCUGUUACUUAUUCAGCGUUUAUGAGCUUCACAAAGAUGCGAGAUCGCAAGGACACCAAAACCCUGGAAAGGCUUCGGGCUGAAAGGCAAGCAAAAAUUGAUGAACUUAAAGAGAGGACGAAUUAUUACAGUACUCAACAACUGAUUCAGAGAUAUGAUCCUGACCCAGCAGCAAAGGCAGCUGCUGCAACUGUCCUGGCAUCAAAGCUGGGUACAGAUUCAGGCUUGAAGUUUUUUGUGGGAGAUGAAACUAAGGGUAAUGUCUCAACAGGGAAAAGCCAUGAUGUUGAACUUGUCCAUUCUGGUGAACUUCGAAACCGUAAACCAGUACACACCAGAUCUAAUAGUACAGGGAGUGUUCCACUGAAUCCUCUUGAAGAAGAGACACCUCGUUCUGCAAGGUCCGAUGGUGCUCAGACUUCUGAGUAUAAUCAGCUAGUUGUUAGUCAUCAUAAUCCUCAAGGAUCAUCUCCACAGGAUGGAGGAUGGAUUGCUCGGAUUGCAGCAUUACUUGUGGGUGAGGAUCCAACACAGUCUUAUGCGCUCAUAUGUGGCAACUGUCAUAUGCACAAUGGGCUUGCUAAGAAGGAAGAUUUCCCUUACAUCACUUAUUUUUGCCCGCACUGUCACGCCUUAAAUCAGCCAAAACAUCUGGAAGGGAGUACUUCUGGUUCUAACACCCCUAGUUUGGGCAAUUUGGGAGCAGGGGUCAUCGGUGAGCCGACAAAGCAAGCAAGUGAUUCCCUGGAUGACAGUGUACUCACAAGUACCAGCCCGGUCAAAGCUGGUUCAGAGAUUGAGGAAGUAACCGAAGGGCCUGCAUUGGCCGAUACAGUUCGUUUAGAAAAACAUGAGUAGGGUUAAGAUGUUCUUUUCUUCGAUCUGGCCUUGUUUUCCCCUUGUAGGUUUCUGCUGGUGGAUUUAUAUAUGAUUGUUGUGUUACUCAUGUACAAGAAAAUGUCAGAGGUGCCUUGCCAGAAACUUUCCGGGCUUUAAGGUCAUAGAAUACGCAGAUUGGUUGUAACUUCGAGGCUUUAUGAUCGUACAACACGCGGAUUGAUUGUAAUUUUGUGCAUCUUUGAGCUUUCAUUUUGUUAUUUUCUUAUCUUGUUCAAUUGUUGGAGCUGCUAUACAGUUAGGGUUCAUAUACAGAACAAAUUCAAACUUUAGUGCUACUGCAAGUGAUACAGAAGAGUCUUGCUUGAGUGGUGAGGUUUUGCUACAUUUUAUUUGUUUAUUAUUAUUAUUAUUAUUUUGA